CCACCGCGUCAAAGUUGUUCAAAAUAAUUCGACCCUCUGAUCUAAUAGUUACAUUUCAUAUUUGGACAAACUUGUCUAAGAGUUUGUACCUUUUCGUUCGUAUGUCUAGGUAAAACAUUUGGAGUAAGAAGCCAUGACUAAGGACUACUACAAGGUACUGGGCAUCCAGCGCAAUGCCAGUGAUGACCAGAUCCGCAAGGCAUAUCGCAAGCAGGCGCUGCGCUACCAUCCGGACAAAAACAAGCACGCCCAUGCGGAGGAGCGCUUCAAGGAGGUGGCCGAGGCAUACGAGGUCCUGUCGGACAAGAAGAAGCGCCAAUUGUACGACACCCAGGGCCAGCAGGACACGCGACGCAGUAGCGCGGACCACAGCAGCGAUUUCGACGAGGGAAUGGCAUUUGGUAGCGGUGGCUUUAGCUACCAUUUCCAUGGCGAUCCGCGGGCCACUUUUGCACAGUUCUUUGGCAGCAGUGAUCCGUUUACCUCGUUCUUCGAGGACAUCGGCCGCCUUUUCGAGACCGACGAGGACUUUUCGUUGGGUAGAGGAGUGGGCGCGGCUGGAUUGCGCAGCGCACAGCUGUCACCGGAGCCGACCAUCGAACAUGAACUGUACGUUGCACUGGAGGACAUUGCCAACGGGUGCAAUAAGCGCAUGAAGAUCUCCCGGGCUAUGGUCUUGUCCAGCGGCGAGCUGAUACGGAAGGACAAGAUACUCGAUGUCGAGAUCCGUCCGGGCUGGAAGUCUGGCACUAGGAUCACAUUUCCCAAGGAGGGCGACCAGCUGCUCAACCAUGAGCCCGCCGACGUCGUGUUUAUAAUCCGCGACAAGCCACACUCAAUUUUCCGCCGCGAUGGCAGCGAUCUACUGUACACAGCCGAAAUCUCGCUGAAGGAUGCACUGUGCGGUGCCCACGUGAUGGUGCCAACACUGCAGAGCGGGCCGCUGGAACUCUGCACCAAAGCAGGCGAGGUAAUCAAGCCGGAUUCCACGCGCCGCUUUGCGGGCCACGGAUUGCCCCAUCCCAGGGACAACACCCGUCGCGGCGCCAUCAUCGUCAGCUUCUCCAUCAAGUUUCCAGACACCAUAUCCAAACACAUCGCAUCCUCGCUCGCCAUCCUUAUGCCAAAUUAAACUCUUUCUGGCUACAUCGUAGCCACAGCGUAGACAGUACAAGUAUGGAGUACAAAUUCGUAUGGAGCACUGGCGAUGUUUUCAUCUUGUACGGCACCUUUGAAGAUGCGUCGAUCUACACACAAAUAAAUUGUCUGUGCUCCACUCUAAAUUAAAUUAUUUUACUAUAUGAUUCAUAAACGGCCUUUAUCUCCAUAGUAUACCUCUAACGAGCAUAGUCCG